AUGAGCUUUCGUGAUUGGAUGAUGAAGGGGAAGAAGGUCAUGGACCUAUCCCUGUUUGAUGAUGAUGAGGGAUUCAAAAUCUCAGAGGAGGAUGUGCAACUGGAGGACUCCAAUUCGACAUGCAAGAAAGUGUUUGUGUCAGAGGAGAUGGAAGCCAGACUUUGUAGAAAUUGGAAGAAUGAUCGAGUCACUCUAUGGCCAAUAAGGCGGCAUAAAACUGGCGAUGGCCCACUGGAGAGUGGGUGUCUAUUCCCACAAAGGGAAGGCGGGGACCGGAUAAGACAAAGUCCAGUAGACAAAGGAUCGACCUCUACACAAGCACGUGGUACUAAAUUUGACUUAUUGAUUAGCCUUGGUGACGAUGGUGAAGAAGACCAGCUGGGGGCAGCAGUACCUGAAAAGAUGGAUGAUGAAAGCAACAAAACAUCGACGCCACCUACUCAAUCACUGUCAUUCCUAGGUGCUCGGAAAGCAUCAACACGUGAACAAAUCUCCUCUACCAGGGGUGGAGCCCGCCCGCUACCAAAAACCCAGAAAAAACCAAACAUGAGCCAUAACCCUACAGAAAUGGCCCAGAACUCUGCCACUCCCACCCAACAACAAGCCCAACAAGUUGCCUCUAAUCCAAUUUCGUUCCAAACAGCUGAAACCCAGAAAGCCCCACAAGCUCAAAAAGAAUUCACAGCCCACUUAGCACCUACCACCCUGGACCUGCCAACCACCAAGUGA